AUGAUGUCCUAUUUAAAACAACCGCCCUACACUGUGAACGGGCUGAGCUUGUCUGCCUCCGGGGUGGAUCUGCUGCAUCCUUCGGUGGGAUAUCAAGGGACGCCAAGAAAACAGCGACGUGAGAGGACCACGUUCACGCGGGCCCAGCUCGACGUGUUGGAGAGUCUCUUCGGGAAGACCAGAUACCCGGACAUCUUCAUGAGGGAAGAGGUGGCCUUAAAGAUCAACCUCCCCGAGUCCAGAGUGCAGGUUUGGUUCAAAAACAGACGCGCGAAACACCGACAGCAGGCCCAGCAGCAGCAGCAGCAGCCGCAGACGGGCGCGCCGAAACAGGCCCCCAACAGACCGCUGAAAAAGAAGGCCUCCCCGGUGCGCGACUCCACAACGGAGAGCCUCAACAACGGCCAAUACUCCCCACCUUCCAGCACUCCCAUUACGGCAGUGAGCACCACCAACACGGCCCCAGCAGCGUCCAUCUGGAGUCCGGCCUCCAUUUCCCCUCUCUCAGACCCGCUCUCCACCUCGUCUUCAUCCUGUAUGCAGCGCGCGUAUCCAAUGACGUACACGCAGGCGACCACCGGGUACAACCAGGGGUACAGCGGCUCUUCUUACUUCACCGGGAUGGACUGCAGCUCGUAUUUAUCCCCCAUGCAUCACCAACUUUCCACGGCGAGUUCCGCGAUGAGCCCCAUGGGAGGCAGCGGGGUGUCCAGCCACCUCAGCCCGGUGAAUACGCUCUCCUCCUCGGCGUACGGAGCGGCUGCAGCGGCGGCGGGACUUGGCUUCACCGGAGCGGAUUGUCUGGACUAUAAGGACCAGACUUCGACGUCGUGGAAGCUCAAUUUCAACGCGGAUUGUUUGGAUUAUAAAGACCAGGGCGCGUGGAAGUUUCAGGUUUUAUAA